AUGAUGGACGUGCUCGUCACAAUGGGAUAUGAGGGAUAUAUGAAGAAGCAAAAUUUAAAGCCGCCACUUCCAAGCAAUCAACAAAUGUUGGGAGCACAAGCCCUUCGAACCAAACAGAAAGCAGAGCAAAAGGAAAAAGAGAAAAGACAAAGAGAACGUCUGAAGAGUAUCGAAAUUCAACGGGAGAAAGCUCAUCGACAAGCCUGCGAAGAUGCCGCUCUUCAGUACCUUGAGAAUCUUGACAUUCGAGCAGAGCCACCACUAAAAAUCAAACAUGGAGGGAUGGGCACUUCUGCAUCAUCUGAUGCUCUUGCUCAUCGCCAUUCCGUGCACACAAUGAACAUGAAUGUAGUUCAAAAAGGCAAUCUGCAAUUUUCGACUCCUGGCCGCUCACCUUCUUCUGAAAUGUUCAAAGAAAAGAAAGAAGGAAGCCGUUUGCUCAGAUGGCUGGGAUUGGCGGAUAAAGAUGAGAGAUCACAAAGUGAAUUAGAUAAAGAAGAAAGAGAACGGAUACGGCUGCUCAAGCAGAGACGCAUGAGCACCUUCACC